CGAGGGCGGUGGGCGGGGGCCGCGCAAGGACGCUCGCCGCGCGUUUCCGGCCUGAGAAACCGUCGCGUUUCUGCGGAGGCACCUCGACUGGCCGCCACCACCGGGCUAGAACCCUGUGGGUCGGCCGCUUCCAUCACUAGCGUCACCAUGGGAGCUGUGCUGGGCGUCUGCUCCCUUGCCAGCUGGGUUCCAUGCCUUUGCAGUGGUGCAUCAUGUUUGCUGUGUGGUUGCUGUCCCAACAGCAAGAACUCCACUGUGACGCGCCUCAUCUAUGCUUCCAUUCUCUUCCUGGGCACUAUUCUAUGCUCCAUCAUGCGGACAGACUGGAUGGAAACUGAGCUGAAAAAGGUUCCUGGAUUCUGUGACGGGGGAUUUAAAAUCAGGGUGGUUGAUAUGAAGGCAGACAGAGAUUGUAAUGUGCUGGUCGGCUAUAAAGCUGUGUAUCGGAUCAGCUUUGCCUUCACCAUCUUUUUCUUUGCCCUCUCUCUGCUCAUGAUAAAAGUAAAAUCGAGUAAAGAUCCCAGGGCAGCAAUACACAAUGGGUUUUGGUUCUUCAAAAUUGCUGCCCUUGUUGGUAUCAUGGUUGGCUCUUUCUACAUCCCUGGGGGCCCUUUCACCACAGCCUGGUUUUAUAUUGGCAUGAGUGGGGCCGCCCUCUUCAUCCUUAUCCAGCUGGUGCUGUUGGUAGACUUGGCUCACUCUUGUAAUGAAUCAUGGGUAAAUCGAAUGGAAGAAGGAAACCCGAGGUGCUGGUAUGCAGUGUUACUGUCUGUCACAAGCACCCUGUAUACUCUGUCAAUCAUCUUUGUUGGUUUGCUGUACACGUACUACACCAGACCAGACGGCUGCACAGAAAACAAGGCCUUCAUCAGUAUUAACCUGAUCCUUUGCUUUGUGGUUUCUAUUAUAUCAAUCCAUCCAAAAAUUCAGGAACACCAGCCUCGUUCUGGCCUCCUGCAGUCUUCUGUCAUCACCCUCUACACCAUAUACCUCACGUGGUCAGCUAUGAGCAAUGAACCUGAUCAUUCCUGCAACCCACGCCUCUGGAACAUUAUUACAGACAUCACUGCACCAACCAUGGCUCCUGCAAAUUCAACGGCUCCAGCCCCUACUUCUGCUCCACCAUCACAGGGUGGGCAUUUUCUGGAUACCGAGAGUUUUAUCGGGCUGCUAGUCUUUGUUUUAUGCCUUUUGUAUUCUAGCUUCCGCACUUCCAGCAAUAGCCAAGUAAGGAAGCUGACCCUGUCAGGAAGUGAGAGCGUGAUCCUCCGCGAUACGGCGCCCAAUGGCGCUGGCGAUGAAGAAGAUGGACAGCCCCGGCGGGUCCUGGACAACGAGAAGGAGGGCGUUCAGUACAACUAUUUUUUCUUCCACUUCUUGCUCUGCUUGGCCUCCUUGUACAUCAUGAUGACCGUGACCAGCUGGUACAGCCCUGAUGCAGAGUUCCAGAAUGUAACCAGCAAGUGGUCCGCCGUGUGGGUCAAGAUCAUUUCCAGCUGGGUCUGCCUCUUCCUCUACUUCUGGACCCUCGUGGCGCCACUUGUCCUCACCAACCGAGACUUUAGCUGAACCUCCGAGUGCCAAGGAUGCCACUGAAAUUCAUAAAGGUUUCCUUUGCUGAAAGCCCUUUUGCUUUUGCUUCGACUAAAAUACUAAGCGAAUGCUGUGCAAAUUUGACUAUAUCCACGUUUAUGCUGGAGGGCAAAUUACAAAAUGAUUGAUGUAGGAUCUGAACUUUUCCUUUACAUGUAUGUUUAUUUGUAAGGAUAUAGCGCAAAGGGGACAUGUUGCACUGUAAAGUGAGCUACAGCUGUGCUGUGAAGAGAGUUCUUUAUGAAGACCUGUAGGUUCCUACAACUUUGAUUUAAAAUAUAAGAGAAAAAUGUUGGAUAUUUGAGGCUAUCGUUAAUAUAUUUCUAUUGCAGUAUCCUUGAGCAAAAAAAAAGAAAAAAAGAAAGUAAUAAUGUAUUUCUAUGACACUUUUCCUCUGUGCAACUCUUUCCUUGUGUGAUACAAGCACUCUGUUCACUCCUUAAACUCUUAAGAGGUGUAGUCUCAUGGGACUUGGGCAAAGUAGUAUGUGUGGGGGUCUUUCCCGAGAAGGGUAGUUGCUGAUAUGGCUACUGCUUCAACAUCUUGAGUUUUUUCACUUAUUUUUAUUAUACUACAACACUGAUGCUGCUUGAUUUAAGUCUGUGGCUUUGCCAGAAUGUUAAUUUCAAUAAAUGCUUUGUAGGUUUGGUUAAAAUGAAGAUUCACUUGGGUAAACAGCGCACCUUUAGUCUAUGUAAUUAUCUUGUUAUGAGUAUGUAAAAGUAAAAUGCAUGUGAGUUUAUUACAUUUGCACUAUAAAGGUAUUUGAUUAAAAUAGAGACUUUAAGCUUUUAAGGCCCUUUCUUUAACAGCUUUUAUGAAUUAGCAGCCAUUCUAUAUGUUUUAGACUUAUAUGAGCGGUCAGAUUUAUCAAGCAUCUAGCAGAAUGCUCCUAGUCCUUCUAAAACUUAAGGGCUGGUAGUAAUGUUUUGAACGCAUUAAAAAAUUGUACUAAAGAUCUUCUCUGGGUAAAAUGCUUGGGUAGAUGAGUGACAGGGACAGGCACUGUCAGGACUCCUCCAUGGGAGGUAGCAUGCAAGGAAAGAGAAGUUUGUUCGUUCAGCAGGGAUUUACUGUCUGUUCUUCACCAGCCCAUCGGGUUCUGGGGUACAUCUUUUAAGCGUGACAGACACUGACUCUACCACCUUAGACCUACAGUUUCAAGGAGGGUGAAGAUGAGCCGACAAGUGGUACAAUGUGGUGUCAUUAAUGCUGUGACUUAGGAAUUGCAGAGAACUCUAAAGAUGAGGUGCCCAGGGCGUGGGGGUGUGUCUGGAUAGGCUUCCUGGGAAAAGUGAUGUCUAAGCCAAGAAUUGUUAGGAGUUAGCUGAGAGAGAAAUGGGCAAGUGGGAUGACUUUGUUGAAGGGCAGACACAACUGCAUGUGAAACGCGGGGAGAUGAAAAACAAAAAACAAGAUUGGUUCAGUAAAGCUGGAGUGGGGAGAAGUGGGCAGGAACUAGGUUACAAAGCUUUGGGGACCACACUAAAGAGUUUGGACCUGAUGUUGAGGGCAGCAGAGAACAUAUUCUCAAAAUUGGCAGUAGUGUAUAGAUAUGGGGGAGAGGUCGAUUCCUGAGUAAUUGUGGUGUAAUCACCGGGGUCGAUGGUGGUUCCAUUUGCAUGUGAGGGACAGCAAGAGGAACGAGUUGUGCUGGAAGGAUGGAGGUGACCCCGUAAGAAUGGCUGAGAGCAUAUACUUGGGAGUCAGACUGGGUUUGCAUCUAGUGUUGCCAUUUUUCUGUGUGUCAGCUAGUAUUUAUUGAGUAUGUACUAUGCUCUAUGACCUUGGGCAAAAUGACUACUUAUCUGAGCCUGUGUUUUCUUUGUUUGAACAAGAGUACCUAGUACGUAAGGUUGUUUAGAGAGUCAAGUUAAGCAAAGUGCUUAACCCAUUUUAAGCACUCUCGUGGUACUAGUUGCUGAUCUCAACAUGGGCUAAAGAGAGACAUUCAAAGGUCAGAGAUUUUCAACUGUGAUCUAACAGAGGCUAGAUUUGAGGUGUCCUUACAGAAUGAAACACAUGGGACAUAGAGGGCACACUCUAGGGUGGGGAUGGAGGUGGGGGUAUGGAACCCAGGGCUUGACGGGAAUUGUGGGAACCACCGUUAAAAACCAGUGGUUUAUGUCGGGGUAUAGAGAUAAGGUCGUAAAGGAAUUGGGAGCAGAUAGGGGAUGUUUAGCCCUUACUUGGCCAGUGUAAAACAGAGACCCCACUCUCCUUUACAACAGGGCCAGAUUCAGACCAUCUAAAGUCCUCAAGUUGAAAAACAUGAUGGUGCACCGUCACCCACCUUAUGUAAUUCAGAAUAAAAGCAAUACUGAACUGUAUAAUAAGUGUAACAAAGUCCAAUAAAGUGUUUAUUUUUUCUCA